AUGAUGCUUUGGAAGGAUCGAAUUUUGUGUUUUGUGAUAUUUGUAAUAAUUCAAAUAUGUUUUGUGAAUUGUGGAAGGUUCGGAGGAGGUAGUCGCUCGAGUUCUCAUUCUUAUUCAAGACCAUCAUACUCCAGGCCUUCUUACCACCCAUCUCCAUCCUAUCAUCCAUCCCCGUCUUAUCAUCCAUCUCCAUCUUAUCACCCAUCGCCAUCUUAUCAUCCUGCUCCGUCUUAUCCAUCACCAUCUUAUCAUCCUGCUCCAUCUUAUCCAUCACCAUCCUACCACCCAUCUCCAUCUUAUCAUCCUUCUCCUUCUCAUCCAUCCGGGUCGCAUCCAUCUAACACAGGAUCAAAACCUUCUCAAACGCACCCCUCUCCUUCUAGCCUUUCUUACCCUCCGAAAUACCAACCGUUACCAUCCCCUCCAGUCUACCGUCCUCCGGGUUACAACAAUAAUGGCGCUGGUGGACAAACGAGGCCCAUCGGAUGGAAUCCACCCGGGCAUCCUUCUGAAGUCGUUGGACCGCCCAAAAGUGUUUCUGGCGUAGGAAGCUCGGCUCCAGGAUCAGGUGGCAAUACUAAUGCUAGACCUAUAGGAUUUGUUCCACCUGGUAGCCCUGGAAGUCACGGUACAGGUGGACUACCUGUAGGACCACCAAAAACAGCUACAAAUGUCGGAAGUGGAACAGGAUCUCAUUUGGAAAAACAACCAGCCUACAAUCCCAACUUCAACGCUGCAGGAGGACAACAUCAACCAGCCCACAAUCCUGCUGGGUAUGGCCCACCUCCAGCUUACAACCCCGCAGGAUACGGCGCACCACCAGCGUACAGUCCUGCCGGACACGGCACUGCAUACAGUCCAAACGGUUACGGUCACGCCCCUCCUGCGUAUUCACCAGCUGGACACGCGUACCCCGUAGGACACGCUCCUCCUGCUUACAGUCCAGGCGGGUACCAUCCACCUGGACACACAACGAUUAUUAACAACAAUAAUUACCAUUACGGCGGUGGUGGUGGAUACGUACCUACUUACGUACCAACGUAUCAUUAUACUACACACGAUACCGGCAGUGGUACUCUAGGGUUCUUCUUGGGGUACUCUAUGGGAAGAUUGACAACCCCUAGCUUCCACUACCAUACCAAUUACGGUUAUGAUAGUACUCCGAGGUACGAUCAUUACGAAGUACACCACUACUACCACAACAAUAAUAAUGUACCAAAAGAAGCUGAAAUUCAACCUAACGCUGUAGUGACGUGUAUAGGAGAUACGGGAUCAUUUUGUCCAGCCGGUACUAUUUCCUUGUGUACUAAUAACGGAGCUGUUAUGUGUGUUGCCAGUGCUACAACGACAGUACCAUGCACGGAUGUCAGCCAGGCAAAUUGCGUUAAAAGUACUGUACCGUGUUUGAACAGUACUGCUCCUGAAUGUAAAGGAGCUACUAAUAACACAACUACCGUCAGUCUACCUUGUAUUUCUACUGCUAAAAUUUACGCUAAUGUAACUUACGUUAAUAACACUGUCACCAUUGCGAAUACCACUGCUCAAAAUACUACGGCAUUAAAUGCGACUGUUACCACUGAUAACAGUACAAAUUCUACUGUUAGUAGUACUACUGCUUUGCCUGUUACAACGACUGAGAAACCUAAAGAACCGCAGACUUUCUGUGUUACUAUUUUAGCCUUGCCUGCUAAAAGAGAACUGUCAGAGAGUGAGAAAUUGUUUAAUAGUGCUGACAGUAUGUUUGGUAAUUUUGCUGUAAAGGUCCUAGGAAUCGCUUGA